UCGUAAUGAACUUGAAAAUGAUGAUAUCAUAAAUGAUAUGUUAUCAUUUUCAUCAAACUCAUGCAAUAAGUAUUUUGAGAUAUUACGUACAAAUGAAGAAGAUUUUUUUUUGGAAGAAAUCAUUGAUAAUUCAAGAAAUAGCAAUAUUUUAUAUUUAAUGAAAAGUUCGAGACCAGGUUGGAAUACUUUAAAUGGUAAAUUAAAACUAGAUUAUGGGCAUACGCUUGGAUUUAAAUCAAAAGAAGAUUGGAUGAAGAAAACUAAUUUAUUUGUUGAAGCAGACGGUAUUAAUAUAAUGAAUUUUGUUAAGAUAGGAUUAUCUGUUGGACUAUCACGUUGUGAUAACUUUAACUUUGAACUUAAUUCAACUUAUCAAUAUACGGAAUGUGGCAAAGUAUUAUUGGGAUUUAAUAAAUAUUUAGAGCCAACUGAAAAAUUUACAGAGACGAUUGAGGAAGCUAUAAAUUCAGAAGAUCCUGUAAAUUUUAUGAGAAUUAUUGAAGAAUAUGGACGAUUCAUUCCGACCGAAGUGAUUUUUGGCGGAAGAGUUUAUUUUAGAGAUGUCGAAAAAUUAGAAACGCAUUCCGGAGAAAAUACUAUGAAUGGUGCUUCUAAUUUAGAGAUAGGCCAUUCAAAAUUUAGCAAUAGUUCUGGAAUCUAA